GCGUAGUACCACCAGCAGAAACGAUUGAUAAUUGCGCGUUUUGGGUAGAUUCAUGUUUCAAAAUAUUUUAAAAAACCUUAGGAUCACGAAUUUAUUUCGAAAGAAAGCUACAGAACCUGAAUUGUUUUUUCCUCUUUCGAAAUCUCCUGUAAAAGCACUCCGAUUACGAGCAGAGCAUAUCCGACAGGUUUACAAGUGUCCGAUAUCAGGAAAACCAGUUUCUUAUGAAUGUCCAGAGUCAGGAUUCCCUUCUCACUGCAGUAAAGCUCAUUGGGAACAAGACAAAGUCCAUCAUGCCUUAAUCCCUAAAUUACGCCAAAUCAAUGAGGACUAUCAUGAUUUAACUAGGCCAAACUCUAUCCCUCAGCUUGCCAAUCUUCCUGGCUUAGCCGAGAAAGACGUUGCCAUUGCUCUUUGGUCCUGGGAUUCUUACUUUUAUACUAGAGGCUUUCCUAGCAUUAAUUCUGAAAGGACAUCACGACAUUUAUCAAGUUUGCUGACUUAUCCUAUGACUAUUGGCGGCCUCUUACACAAAAACUCCCCAUACAACCUUCAAAAUGGAUUGACACCUCAAGGACUUCAAUCCUUAGCCGUUCAAAGAUACAUGCUGAAUCGCCCUACAUCAGCCCAAUCCACUGAUCCCCGUCCUACAAGGAUAUUUGUUCUUGGUGCCCGACUUGAAAGUGCCUUGCCUCCUGCACUAUGGCUUCAGGGCCUUAACUUCUUAUUUCCAGGCCGUCUGUUUCAACUUCAUUUUGUCGGACCAGAAGUUGUGAAACCUGCAAAUAUGAGUGAUCUUCCCUCUCCUCUCACAAUUCAUUUUCACCAAGACUAUUAUCAUAAUCUACACAAGACAGGCACCUUUGAACCUUUCGAUCCCUACUAUGAUACUUUCUUUAUACCCAUGCCUGAUUUUGCUAAUCCUGAAUAUUAUAGCUCUUGGGUCCCGACGUUGCAUGAUUUAAUUGCUACAAAGUGCGCAGUAUGGGUUACUAGUCCUUCAUCUGCUCAAACGAAGCGGGACACUAGUAUCUUACAAGAUGUACUUAAGGAUUCUUAUGAAAAACUUCUUUUGCCUCAAAAGAACGUUUUUGCUAGUCGCGCUUGGAAUGUCAAUGAUGAAAAUCUUCACAACGUAUAUCAUGUAAACCAUGAAGUUUACGGCUUUCGUUCUCUUCAUCACAAUGUUCAAAAUGUUUAAAAAGCUGCAUGCGCCAGGUCUCUUAGAAUACAGUUCCCAUCAUUCCUCAUGUUUCUACGGUUCUUAAACAAAACAUCUACUUCUUUUUGCUAAUAAAUCUGCUUAAUUUAGCAUUUCAAAAUAAGUUAUACAAAGUAUUUCUCCAAUGGAUUUCUUGUAUUUCUCGCCCAAGUACAUCUUGUAUACAUACAGCAAUAAUCAAAAUCGUAUAUAAGGGAAUAAAAGAAUAUUAUCAAUAUUAUUAAACGU